AUGUCCUCAAAGCAAGCGGGCAGGAACUCCAUGAGCCGAUCGAGCAGGCAAUCGUCGCAUAGAUCAACACUAUCACUGUCCCGCACGGAAGUCGUCAUAAAUGUCUACGAUCUGCUCCCGCCCGGUCGUCUUUCUUCCGUCCUCUGGACAUUUGGCUCUUCCCUCUUGCAUACGGGUGUCGUGAUCAAUGGCCGCGAAUACGCAUACGGUGGUCACGAUCGACCGUCGGUGACUGGAGUAUACUGGACAGAGCCGCGUACCUGCCCGCCAGGUGCCACGUUCAAGACCGAGAUAUUGCAUGGCUUCACCUUUGCGACACAGGCCGAAAUUGACGCCAUUAUCAAGUCUACAAGCGAGGACUUUCCUGGCACAAGCUACAACCUCUUGACCAAGAACUGCAACCACUUCACUCAGAGCUUAUGCGAGCGAUUGACUGGUAGGCGCGGGCCCAACUGGCUCAAUCGUGCCGCCCAAAUCGGUGUUGCACUCCCAUGCGUUGUGCCACGAGACUGGCUCGAGCCGCCGGAUUAUGAGACCGCGGAAGGGGCCCUUGUUGAGGAGAGCGACGACGAGCUGACCACCAACGAGGGUACGGGGUUCCUGAGCCGGGAAAACAGUUACCGGGGAAAUCUGGCCAACAACUCAGCUGGGGAUGGAACUGCGCCUGGUGGUACUGGGAAAGGAAAGGGCAAAGCCAAAUCUACCAGAGACUCCAGCGGACGGGCACUCCCAGCUUCUGAAAGGGCGCCUGCACGUUAG